CAUGCGCACUUACAUCCAUGUAAACUGUGAAAGUUUGAUCAAUUUGUUAGUUGUGUUGUCUCUUUUGCUAUAAAUGGAAAUGGUUAAAAUGAUAAACUGUGACAAACGAUGCAUUGCUCUUCACGCUGACCAGUUUAUGACGUAGGCUUCCUCUGGUGCUCUGUUGCCAUGGUGAGAUGACACUUAGCCAUUGUACGGUAUCGCCCAGUUGAUAAAACAGUUCUUUGUGCUUGUUUGUUUAUUUUGAGAAGAAGCUUGCAAGUAAAUGUAGUAAUGGAGCUCAUCGGAAGCAGUUAUAAAGGAGAGACAAAAAAUGGCAAGAUGGAUGGAAAAGGAGAGUACACGUUUCCCACAGAGAGCAAGUAUGUGGGCAAGAUGAAAGAGGGGAUGUUUCAUGGCAAAGGAGUGCUACACUUUCCAAAUGGAAAUAAAUAUGAGGCCACCUGGGAAAACGGCAAAGCUAAACAGGGAUCAUUGAUCUUUGCUGAUGGUCUGCAGUACCAGGAGAAGGACUGGGACUACUGUGAUGGAUACGACAGGCGCUUCUACAGUGAGAGGUGCAACGGACUCAGACCUGCAGAAUCUCAGCUAACUGAUCUUCAUCCGCCACGCGUCAUUCCUGAUGGAUGCUACGACUGUGGGGAUGGUUUCUAUGACCCCAAUACCAGAGUCGUCUCUUCCUACACUGGCAGAUUCCUCAGGAAUGCAGUUGACUCCGACCAUGAGUGGAUUGUGCGGACCUGUCGCAAAGCUUGGGACGAGGUUGUUGGCGUUGAUCGUGAAAAGUCUGUUGCAACUGGACCGGAAGAGACCAGCAAAAUCAACUGAGGCGUUUAUGAAUAGCUUAUUAAAACUGCUUUUGUUUUACAUGUAUUUGUUUAAGAUGUAUACAAUUAAUUAAAAAACAAAAGGUUAGGUUCAUACUGUAUUUUUUAUGUUGUGAUUAUUUACCUUCUUUUUCAGAAAUCCUCCUUAUAUGCAGUAUAUUGUAGAAGUUCUUGCUGUCAGUGCAUUCAUCUUUAUUUCCAUGUGUGUGUUUUAGACUAGUUUCAAACGCAAUAUGCACAAGCAACAUAUGAAACUGAUCAUUUUAAAUGUACUAUAUGUUGUUUUGAGUUAAGUUGUUGGUUGUGCAAACAUACUAUAUUUAUAUUAAUUCCAUCUGAUGUCAUCAGCAGGUCUGCUAAGAAGCAUUUAUGACUGAAUAUCACUUUCCGUGGUGAAAAGUCAAAUACCAACUGUCCAAAGAAAGUUGUUAUGAUCCCAGACAGGAAUAUCUUUGAUUAUAUCUAUUGCACAUUCAAAUCCUGACAAUAGGUGUUCCUGCAUGCAAAGAUAUAAAUAAUAUACAAAAUAAUAUAAUGGAGGUAUGUUAGUCUAUGUGUCAGUAUAUAAGAUUAUAUCAAUUUAGGCUUCACGUCGCAGUGAAAAGUGUUGUCUCCUAAACAACACAUUACAAAAUAUACUUAUUUGAUGGUCAUUUACUCCCUUUAACGUUUAAUCAAAAUAAACUGUCUGUAGAGGAUGUAAAUAAAAUGAAUAUGAUGUCAAGUAUUUAAAAGCAGCAGUUAUUUUCACAAACAGAAUCUUCCACGAUGCACCCUUUCUGCUUCAUGGCAAAUACAC